UUGAGUUUGUGCUAUAACAACCCCCUCCUCUCCCUACCUUUGGCUCUCUGUCUUCUUAGGCAGCCUUGGGCCUGACUUAGAUGCACCAAAAAAAUGAAGGCCUUGGGCUGCAUUUUUUUUCUUAUUUUCUCUCUCGUCUUUCUCUUUCUACGUCUCUCAUAUGCUGUCACUGAUACGGAGGCACGGUUUAUCGCGGGCCGUCAGCUCCUCCACUUGCGGGAGGGGGAGGAUUUGCCUGACGACCUCGAAUUCCAUGUCGAUACCAACCUCACGUUCCCGAACCCUCGCCUCCGCCGAGCUUACAUAGCCCUGCACACAUGGAAGGAAGCCAUCUUCUCCGAUCCUUACAAUGUAACCUCGAAUUGGGAGGGCGCCGACGUGUGUUCUUACAAGGGGGUGUUCUGCGCCCCUGCCUUGGACGACCCGUCGAUCGACGUCGUCGCCGGCAUCGACCUCAACCACGCCGACAUCGCGGGAUAUCUACCUCCUGAGAUCGGCCUCCUCACCGAUCUUGCCCUCCUCCACAUCAACUCCAACAGGUUUUGCGGCAUUGUGCCCAAGAGCUUCAACAAGUUAGAGUUGUUGUUCGAGCUCGACUUGAGCAACAACCGGUUCGUCGGGCCGUUCCCGACCGUCGUCAUCUCUAUUCCGGCGCUCAAGUACCUCGACCUCAGGUACAACGACUUCGAGGGCCCCCUCCCCUCAGAGCUGUUCGAUAAGGACCUCGACGCCAUCUUCCUCAACAACAACCGCUUCCAUUUUCACAUCCCUGAGAACAUGGGCAACUCUCCGGCCUCAAUUGUCGUGUUAGCCAACAACAAGCGCGGGUGCAUCCCCAGCAGCAUCGGCAAGAUGGCCAAGACCUUGAACGAGAUCAUGUUCAUCAACAAUGACCUGUCAGGGUGCUUGCCACCAGGGCUCGGCCUGCUGAAGAAUGCGACUGUCAUCGAUGUGAGCGGCAACUCCCUAUCAGGGCUCCUCCCUACUGGCCUCUCCGGCCUUGCCGGCAUCGAGCGACUCGACAUUGCCCACAACAAACUCACCGGCUACAUCCCAUCGAGCCUUUGCACCCUCCCCUACCUGACCAACUUCAGCUUCUCCAACAAUUUCUUCAAGGGGGAGGCCUCUGUGUGCGUGCCCACCGCCACUUCUAACGUGCUGCUCGAUGACACUGUCAAUUGUAUCCCCAACAGGCCCAAGCAGCGCUCCGCCCAGCAAUGCGCAGCAGUGCUCUCUAACCCUGUCGAUUGUUCCAAGUUCAAAUGUAGCAGCAGCAGCAGCCCCAAGACGAGCCCUCCUACGCCCCCUAAGAAGACCCCUUCGCCACAAUCUCCUCCUUCCGGGACUUCUCCGAUUGCAAGACAUAGGCCCCCUCCCCCACCAGCACAUAGAGAGUCGCCCAUUGUGAGGGUGCACUCACCACCACCACCACCAACAGUUGUCCACUCCCCUCCUCCAUCUCCACCACCACCGCCACCGGUGCUUAGCCCACCUCCCCCAGUCCAUAGCCCAUCACCACCCCCCACCGUGUUUAGCCCACCACCACCAGUGCAUAGCCCCCCCACUCCCCCAGUCCAUAGCCCAUCACCACCCCCAGUUUUCAGCCCACCUCCCUCAGUUCAUAGCCCACCACACCCCCACCCACCACCCCCAGUCCACAGCCCACCACCCCCAGUCUUCAGCCCACCUCCCCCAGUCCACAGCCCACCACCCCCAGUCUUCAGCCCACCUCCCCCAGUCCACAGCCCACCACCGCCAUCAGCACCACCACGGGUGGCAUCACCACCACCUCCAAUAGCCUCUCCACCACCCCCGGUGGCCUCUCCACCACCUCCAGUUGCCUCUCCACCACCCCCAGUGGCAUCGCGCCCACCUCCAAGAGCCUCUCCACCACCUCCAGUGGCCUCUCCACCACCCCCAGUGGCAUCGCGCCCACCUCCAAGAGCCUCUCCACCACCUACAGUUGCCUCUCCACCACCCCCAGAGGCCUCUCCACCACCACCAGUGGCCUCUCGACCAACCCCAGUGGCAUCGCCCCCACCUCCAAUAGCCUCUCCACCACCGCCUCCUCCAGCCCGCUCUCCACCUCCGCCGGCUCCUCUCGCUUCUCAACCACCACCACCACCGACCGACGAUGACAUUGCCCUUCCUCCUACCAUCGGUAUCAACUACUCAUCUCCUCCUCCACCAGUGUACCCCAACUACUAAGCCCUUGACUCCCUCACUCUCUCUCUUGAGCUGACUGAUCAUGGUGGCCCCUCCCCACCUCAUGACUAGAGGAAUGAAGGGCUGAGAAACAUGGAGAAAAAGACCCGGCUAUGGCCAUGGCAGAACCAGUGGGGAUGUAAUGGACUACGAUCACUACGUACUCCAUAGUCUAUAGUCCAUACUCUCUUUUUACUAACGAAUUUAUAUUUAUUAAAGCCUUUUAUAGCUCCAUUGAGUCCCCUUAUACUUCGGGUUUCUUUUGUCUUAUUUUAUUUAUUUAUUUUUAGCCUUUGGAAAUUUUCGAGUAAGCGCCAUUACCAUUAAUUUUUUGGUGUUGUGAUUCCUUGGACAAAUGUACGUUGAAUUAGUGCGAAAACUUGUUACGUGAGUAACUCUAAUUCAUAUUUUUAUGCCAUCUAUUAUUCUCUCUCUCAA